AUGACAGAGAAGCAGAAAAUUCAUCCUAUGGUGGAUGUUGAAGCGCCAACUCCGACAGCCCCUUUGGUGCCUCCUGGCUCUGCUACAUCGGAAAAAAGUAGCCCGAUUCAGCAGCGUCCGCCACAACGUACCAUUCCGGUGAUUCACACAAGGCCACCGAAGAAGAGGAGCUGUUGUUGCAAGUGCAUAUGUUGGUCAAUUAGCUUCAUUGUCCUCCUCCUCAUAAUCGUUGGUGCCACUGUUGGAAUUCUCUACCUUGUCUUCCGCCCAAAACUACCCAAAUACUCCAUUGACAGCCUGCGAAUAAGUGAUUUGAGGCUCAACUUUGAUAUGACAUUGUAUGCAAAAUUCGACGUCAAGAUCACAGCUGAUAAUCCCAACAAGAAAAUCGGAAUAUACUACGAGCAAGGAGGGCGAUUAAGCGUCUGGUAUACCAACUCAAAGCUGUGUGAAGGGUCGUUGCCAAAGUUCUACCAAGGCCACCAGAACAUAACAAAGUUGGACGUGAUUUUAACAGGACAAACAGAAGGUGGAAGCACUUUGAUGUCAGCCUUGCAGGAGCAGCAACAAACAGGACAGAUACCCCUGGAUCUUGAGGUUGAUGCCCCCGUAGCAAUUAAACUAGGGAAGUUAAAGAUGAGGAAGGUGAGGAUCUUGGGGGAAUGCAAGUUGGUGGUUGAUAGUUUAUCUGCUAACAAUAUCAUUAGCAUUAAAGCUAGUAACUGCAAAUUCAGAUUGAAGCUUUAA